AUGAACCGUGGGAUUCCUUCGAAUUGUGGAUGUGGAGGAGAGAUAAGGACGUUCACAUCAGGCACCCAAGAGAAUCCAGGACGUCCCUUCUACCGUUGUGAAACCAGAGGAGAGGAUCACUUGUUCAAAUGGGUGGAAGAAGCUGUACUUGAAGAGGUUGAAGAUGUAUUGCCUAAAGUAGCAGUCCAUGAAAUCGAAAUUGCAAAGAUGAAGGCUGAUAUUGAAGAUUUGAUGGAAGUUGCUUUGAACAACAAAGUCGAAAUUCAGAAGAACAAAGUGAUGAUCAAAACUCUUAUGGUGUAUUCUCUCUUUGUCAGUGCAGCGUUUGUUGUGUAUGUGCUUUACUGA